UUAUGUUAAGUUGAAGCUACGCGAGCGCACACACGAAUCACCAUUUAUUUCAUCGGCGUCAUCUUCGCGGGAAAGCUCCCCUUCCCAUUUUCCUCUUCGCAUCCUCUUUCUCCAAGUUUUAUGCCGAUUCUUUUUAUGGCUGUGCAGUGCGUGCAAUGCUCUACAAUGCAGGUUAAGCAGCAGAACAAGAGCAGCAACAAGUGGGUGUGCGCAGUUUGCUAUCAGAGGCAAUCGGUGCUGCGCAUUCACGCUCACGGAUUCCAAGCCCGCGACAUACGCAAAUUCGUUCAGGAGUUUAAUCUCUCAAGGAUAAAGCGGGAUGGCUGUGAUUAUUUCUCGCCCAAGUCGCCCAAAUCAGACGGUUACAUCAUUGCAGUGGAAAUAGACAGCGCCGAGUCUUUGGUCGCCAAACCUUCUUGUCCUGCGAAGCGGAGGACGGACCGGACGGAAUAUUUGGACCCGAAAGAAGACGAUAUUUGCUCUGAGGAUGGAGAAGAUCCAGAUCAAGACCUCCCUACAAAGGAUCUAGAUCACUUUUCAAAGAGGCAGCUGAGAAAGAAGAUGAAAAAGAUGCCAUCAAAGAAUUUCUCAAGGAGCUACGAUGUUAAAUACAAAGGCAUCUCGCAAAAGAGCAAGGGAGAGUGUGUUGUUGCUGUUGGGAAGGGGACAUCGAGCAAAUGGAGCGAGUACCUGGACAAAGAAAAAGAGGAGUUUGACGAACCAUUUCAAAAAUAUUCGAUCAACCAACAUUUUCUAAGGGAUUGUAGCAAAGUGGAGGAGGAGGAUGGUCGAGGCAAAGGAACGGACUUCUAUGCAAUUAUUUCCUUCAGAUAUGCAGGCUGUUGUGAAGCAAAGCAAAGCUCUAGAGAAGGAAUUGCUGUCUCUCGAACUGAAUCUUUCUUUCAUGAACAACUGUACGAGAAAGAAAGAUUAUGA